AUGACAAAGCGAUCUUGUAUCUCUCCUAAGGACUCCACCCUUCCCUUGAAGAAGCGGCGUGUGCUGGUGGAGCGUUGGGAGGAGGCGCUGUCGAUUCCAGCGGCUCACUUCACGCCUCAGCCCUCUUACACGCCCUGGCACCAUCCUGCAGUCCAACACCAGGCGGUUUCUGAUCCGUGCAACCUCUUCUCGCCUGCGCCGUUCACUCAAAGCAACGCGUCGAUGUAUCCCUUCCGCCCCUGGAGUUCUGUCCCUCAGGUUUCCCCCGGAGACUUUCAGGUACUCGCGUGUCCCCCGAGUUGCGUUCCUUCCGUUCCCUACUCUCAGGCGUUCCAUGGGAUCAGUGAGACGGAGGCCGCCCUCACCCCGAAGCAAGCGCAGCGCCUCACUGUCCUCCAGGAAGCUGAUCGCCCGGGCCUUCAGUCCCAAGCGCCUCUUGGCCUUCGUGAGGAGAGUGUGUCGCCGCUGCAGCCGAUCGCGGGGGAUGUGCCUCAGGUCGACGUAGCCGACUCGGGCAUCAGCGAGUCGAGCGCCGACUCAUCCUUGGAAGACCUCCGCCUCGAGGCUCAGACGGAGUCGUUCCCGAGCCCCAGGAGCGACAUGGGCGCCGAGAUCCACUCUGUGGGCGUCUCUGCGCACAAGGAACGGCGUUUCGACUGCGAGGACUGCGGCCGCAAGUUCAAGAAGCGGGCGUACCUGGUGCGACACCGCCGCCUACACACGGGCGAGCGGCCCUACAGCUGCGACAUCUGCAGCGCCACCUUCUCGCAGAUGCCCAACCUGUGGUACCACAAGCGCAUCCACACGGGCGAGUCUCCGUACGAGUGCCCCGUGUGCCAGCGCAAGUUCCGCAGCUCGUCGCACCUGAAGCGGCACCAGAGGCUGCACACGGGCGAGACGCCCUACGCCUGCCCCAGCUGCCCCGCCGCCUUCAUCACGUGGGACAAGCUCAACAGACACAAGAUGAUCGACCAUCCUUGA